CAGCGUUUUCAUCACGCACUGUGCCACUACCAGUUAAAAUACUAUUAAUUGGCAGGCAAAAUGCAGGUAAAAAAAACUUUGCAACUAAAAAAAAAUUAAUUUUGCAACUAAAAAAAAAACAACUUAAUAUUGAAUGUAUUUAAGUGAUCAUAAACUGUUACUGAGGAGGUACCUCCAGGUAACAUAGCUUUAAAUUUAAUCAAUCAUAUUACCCUAGAAAUUUCUUGAUACUUAAAACAUGAAAUUGUGCACAGCAAAAGAAUAUAGGAGCCAAGAUGUCCGCUUCUUCUGGAAGCCAGCCAGGUCAUGAAACUCCUCUUGCAAGUUUUGUCUGCUUUUCAUAUGGUAUUAAGUAAGCAUUUAAAAUAUCCAUAUGCACACCAAGAGUUGAUCACAUCCAUUGUCUACAACUAUUAGCUAACCAUAUGCACACCCAGAGUUGAUCACAUCCAUUGUCUACACUACAACUAUUAACUAAUCAUAUGCACACACACACAGUGGAUCACUCACACUGUCUACAAUUAUUGGCAAUUAUCUGCAACUUUAAAAUGCAAUUUUUUUAUAUGUGAUAAAUUUAUGUUAUUGAUACAGAGCCAUUCUUCCCUUAUUUCCAGGCAAAACGUUUCUUCUCUACUCUUGGAAGUUUGGAGUUGAUUACAUAAUGUCCAUUGAGCCAACGAGCCAUUUCAAUGUUGAUACAAUCAUAUCACCGUCGGGCCAAAAGUAUCUGGUCUACGACCUUGCUGGGAAUAUUGGAUACAGACUGCGUCCAUUCUUAGACGGAACAAAUGGUAUUUAAGUUGAUGUGGCUAAUGUAAUAUUUUACGCAGCCACAGUAAUAAUUACUGCCUGUAUCCUAGCCUUGCGCCCUCCCCCAAGCUCACACACACCUUUGUCUGUUUCUCACCAUUGCUGCAUUUGCCGUUACGGCAGGUAUGAGCAUUGCAAUCAGCAUGCAGGUGGUAAGAAGAAAUGCUUCAUAACACCCUAAUACUGAUAUCCUCAUUGGAAGUGUUCCGCAUUAACGUAGAAUCAUGCAACACAAAACCAUUAGAACAGCUGCUUCAGAACACCAAAGGCAAUCCAGAAAAGCCAGAGUCACUAUUCCACAUGGAGAUAUCCCACAACUGAUCAAAAUCUUUCAAAUGUCAUGCUACCUUACUUCCAAAUAACAGAUCUUUUUAGCCUGUUUUAUCAUCUAAACUUGCUAGUUUAGUCAACUUUGAAUAAGUUUGAGAAGCCUUGUUUUUAAUGAAGAAGAUACAAAAAAUACAGACAUCUUGAAAAAAAUUGGAGUCAACCUCCCAAGAGCUGCAGUAUAUUUUAGCAGAUGAAUGCUAUUUAAUUUCGUAGCUGGCUACCCUUAAUGAGUGCCAUCCAUUAUAUGCUGCUUAAAAGGAGGCCAGCGCAGCUGGGAAUUAGGGAGGACGCAAAAUAGGUGCUACUGACCGCUACUGGGUUAUGAGAAGUUUUGAAGAAAAAAAAUUACCUAAACCUUUUUGAAUGACACUAAAUGACAGUGGAAUAAGAAACAUUCAAUGUUAAACAAAAUCCUAAUUACAUUUUUUUUUAUCACACAUGGAUUUUAACCCCAUCACUUCCUUCGUAUUUUCAGGCGUUAUUUAUCUGCUGGGCACAAGGGGAGAGAAUUUUCUACUGGAAAGAGAGCAGAACAACAUAAAACAACUUCUACAAGAGAGGGAUCUAGAAAAUGUCCCUGUGCUUUUUGUGGUCAGGGACGGCACAUACACUAAUGGUAUGUCGUGUUGUGAAUCUCCCAUUUUUAUUGCUGCUUAUACUUAUAUUGAAACUGUAGCAGACAGACAUCAAAUUUUAUUACAAAAAUAGCCCUGUUAUUUAAAUUUAAAAAAGAUCUUUAUUUGUGUUAUUGCAUUUAAAAGUAAUUAUUCAUAAUGUUAAAGUAAAGUUCUUAGUGUAAUAUUUUUGUUUAAUAUUCAGAGAACACUGUCUCAUUCCAUCAACAUUUCAUACUGUAGUUGUCUUUGAUUCUAUAUUAACUUUUAAGCAUAAAAUGCUAGUUACUUAUAUAUAUUUUUGUAUUCACUUAUUGUUGCAUGUUAUGUGUUACAUUUUACAUAUUACUAUUGUUACAUUUUACUUAAACUUAAAAAUUCAUUUCUUGAUAAAUGUCACAGAUUUGUCUAGCAACCUGCCUGAAAAGCUGCGGACAGCGUUAGAAGGAAGAUUGUGGGAGGUGAUAGAAAUAAGACAGAACAGCCAAGAGGAUGCGGAUCUCGUCCUGAGUGUUCUAGAGAAACUCUUAAUUAAGCCAGAGCAGCUAGCGACCUCAUAAGUAUAAGUCAAGUAUAAGUAUAGGCUGUGAAGUAAAUAUCUCCCAUUUGGAAUGAUGAUAGUCACAAUGUUUACUUAUGCAGCUUCCUGUCCAUCUCAAUAUUUCUCCAUGUGGCUAAAAAAACUGAAUAAGUUUUGACUACUGGUCGUUGCUUUUUUUAAAAUGGAACUAUAAAGUUGUCAUUUAAUCUUUUGUCAACUUAAAAAAAACUUAUUUUACCGAGCCUAAAGAUGUGCAAUUUUUAAUAAUAAAAUUUAUAGAAAUAAAUGGACAGGUUUUUUUUUAUAAAUCUACCAAUGAACUUCCUAUGCGUGUAUUUGAAUGGAAGUGUACAAACAUAGAAUGGC